AUGGCAAAACCUUUAGAUCACAUCAAGAGACCCAUGAACGCAUUCAUGGUGUGGUCCAGAGGCCAGAGGAGAAAGAUGGCCCAGGAGAACCCGAAGAUGCACAACUCUGAAAUCAGCAAGAGACUCGGCGCGGAGUGGAAGCUGCUCUCCGACUCUGAGAAGCGUCCGUACAUCGACGAGGCCAAGAGGCUGCGGGCUCAGCACAUGAAGGAGCAUCCGGACUACAAGUACAGACCCCGGCGCAAACCGAAGAGUCUCCUCAAGAGGGACCGUUUUGUUUUCCCGCUGCCGUCUUUGCUCGGGGAGGCGGCGGAGCACUUGAAGGGAUUUUCCAUGGACUCCUUUCUCGUCCCCGGGGAUAAAGCCAGGGCUCUCCUCGCUCCCGCCUCCUCCUCGUCGUCCUUCUCCCUGCUGGAGCCGGUGGCGCAGUUCAGCACCGGAGCUGUCCAGCGGAUGGCGGAGAUACCGCACACUCUGGCCGCAGGCUCUCUGCCCUACAGCGCGCACACCUUUGGGUACCAGACCGGUGGGAUUGGGGGUCUGGCUUGCCCCGGACAGCACACCCACACCCACCCGUCACCCUCCAGCCCGGGAUACGUGCUGCCGUGUAACUGUAACGCGUGGUCUGCGGCCAGUUUACAGCCUCAGGUGGCGUAUAUCCUCUUCCCUGGAGGGAUGACCAAGAGCGGCAUGGACUCUUACACUUCACCCAGCUCCAGCGUGUGA